AUGGUAUCAACAGAGUGUGCGGGCACCAGGCUGGGUCUGCUGCCACAGAUGUGCACCAGGCACCUGCUCUUCAGGCUGAUCCUCCUCGAGGCUGCUGGGACCAUCAUCUUGCUGUGCUAUGCACUGCUGUGGGAAUCCGGGAACCUGGUCGACCUCCCUGACAAACGCAUCGGGUUUUACAACUUCUGCCUGUGGAAUGACACGGCUGGGAAGCUGCAGUGCCUGAAGCACACCCAGCUGCAGGUGAUGGGCAUCAGCCUGCCAGGAUUUAUGUUAGCCAGGGUUUGUGUGUACACCUGCCUGGUCUUCAGCCUCUUCCACCCCAUUUUUGUUGCACAUGUGAACUGCUCAGAGGACAGAGGGGGCUGGAAGGCGGUCCUCAUCAUACUCAUCAUCAAGAUGAUAGUCUUGUCUGGAGGCCUGGGUAUGUUUCUUUUCCAAACCUCACAGUGGAUUCACCCCUCUGAUUUCACUGGGGGCUUCCUGGCACUGCUUGGGACUCAGGCUCUGCUACUGCUCCAGAUUCUCACUGCCACGGUGUACCUGAACCGGAGGAAGCACACAUACCUGGCUCAAAGCUGUUAG